AUGGCUGGCGCAUUAGAGAACGCAGCAGAAUCAUUGCCGAAAAUCAGGGAUUCUGAAAGAGAGAGUGAUUUCGGAUAUGUUUUCGCAGUGUCUGGUCCUGUUGUCAUCGCUGAGCAAAUGGUUGGUUCGGCUAUGUAUGAGCUGGUCCGUGUUGGCCAUGAGGAGCUUGUUGGCGAGGUAAUUCGUAUAGACGGCGAUAAAGCAACAAUUCAAGUAUACGAAGAAACAGCUGGUUUAACCAUAGGAGAUCCUGUGUUGAAAACUGGGAAACCUCUUUCCGUAGAGUUGGGUCCGGGUUUGAUGUCUAACAUUUAUGAUGGAAUCCAGCGACCGUUAAAGGCGAUCCGUGAAAUUUCGGAAAGUAUCUAUAUUCCUCGCGGAAUAGCAACACCUUCGUUGGAUAAACAGAAACUAUGGGAGUUUAUUGGUGAUCAUAUCACCGGUGGAGAUAUUUAUGGGCAGGUUUAUGAAAAUUCUUUGGUGAGAAACCACGGCAUCAUGUUACCACCUAAAUCUCUGGGCACCAUUACAUACAUUGCAGACAAGGGAAAUUAUACCUUAGAGGAUACCGUUCUCGAGACCGAAUUUGAGGGGCAAAAAUCCAAGUAUUCGAUGAUGCAGCUUUGGCCUGUUCGAUCACCACGUCCGACUACCGAAAAGCUAUCUGCUAAUUAUCCUCUACUCACUGGUCAACGCGUUUUAGACUCACUUUUUCCAUGUGUACAGGGAGGUACCACGGCCAUCCCUGGUGCUUUUGGUUGCGGUAAAACGGUUAUUUCACAGUCUCUAUCGAAAUACUCUAAUUCAGAUAUCAUUAUAUAUGUUGGAUGUGGUGAGCGAGGUAAUGAGAUGGCAGAAGUAUUAAUGGAUUUCCCUGAGCUUUCCAUUAAUAUUGAUGGCCGUAAAGAGUCUAUAAUGAAACGUACUACGUUGGUGGCAAACACUUCGAACAUGCCAGUGGCCGCUCGUGAAGCAUCUAUUUAUACUGGUAUUACAUUAUCCGAAUAUUUCCGUGAUCAGGGAAAGAAUGUCGCUAUGAUGGCAGAUUCUACCUCUCGUUGGGCAGAAGCUCUUCGUGAAAUAUCUGGUCGUUUAGCCGAAAUGCCAGCAGAUAGUGGUUAUCCCGCGUAUUUGGGUGCCCGUUUGGCUUCAUUUUAUGAGCGUGCCGGUAAGGUUACAUGUCUCGGAAACCCAAAGCGCGAAGGAAGUGUCACAGUUGUUGGAGCUGUUUCUCCUCCAGGUGGUGAUUUCUCUGAUCCUGUCACCACUUCGACUCUUGGUAUUGUGCAAGUAUUUUGGGGUUUAGAUAAGAAGCUUGCACAACGUAAACAUUUCCCUUCGGUUAAUUGGUCUUUGAGUUUUUCCAAAUACAUGAAAGUGUUAGAACCUUACUAUGAGUCCACGGAACCUGAAUUUAUACCUUUAAGAGAUAAAACCAAAGAAAUUCUUCAAAAGGAAGAAGACUUAUCUGAAAUUGUCCAGCUUGUUGGAAAGAGUGCAUUAGGGGAAGGUGACAAGGUUACACUGGAAAUCGCUAGAAUUAUAAAAGAUGAUUUUCUGCAACAAAAUGGAUAUUCGGAGUAUGAUAGAUAUUGUCCUUUCUAUAAGACCACUUGGUUGCUUAAAAAUAUGAUUGGAUUUUACAAUGCUGCUAUACAUGCAAUUGAAAUUACCAACAAUGAAAUAACGUGGGCUAAGAUUAGGGAUAAUAUGGGAGAUAUAUUGCACAAAUUAGGUUCUAUGAAAUUUGAAGAUCCUGCCGAUGGUGAAGAAGUUCUCAAUGAACGUUAUCAAAAGCUUUACAAUGAAAUUCAAGAAAAAUUCAGGCAGUUGCUUGA